ACGUCAUGUUAUUGUUGAAGCGGUAGAAACCGUGUCGGCCCGAGGUGGGAAUUUUGGCACGCGGACGAUCUCUGUGACGUGGACGAACAAGUUCGUGGGAAAUAUAGCUUUAUACUCCUGUGACAGAUCGCAGCCCAAAGGUGACGAGACCCUGUAAUAUACUGUCGUUUUAUGUGUUUUGGCGGUGUGGUGCUGCUGUCGUCUGUAAACGAGACAGCUGCUUGGUCAGACUUGCCGUCAUACAAGUAGUUUUGCUAGACCCCAGUGUAGCUGUACGUCUUGAUGUCAGAACAGAUAGUAAAAAAGUAAUAUUUGUAAAGAAUAGCGCGUCCUUGUGAUAACAUUUCCUGUAGUGAGCUAUCGGUUUCUUAUUUUUGCUGCGAUUGGAUAUGGGACUCCUUUUCGCCAAAUUAAUGGCCAUUUUCGGUGACCAAGAGCACAAGGUAAUCAUUGUUGGACUGGACAAUGCAGGAAAAACCACAAUCCUCUAUCAGUUUCUAACCAAAGAAGCAGUGCAUACUUCCCCCACCAUUGGCAGUAACGUGGAGGAGAUCGCUGUCCAGAAGACCCGCUUCCUAGUGUGGGACAUCGGUGGUCAGGAGAGCCUGAGGACCAGCUGGAGUUCCUACUACUGCAAUACAGAGAUUGUGAUUCUAGUUGUGGAUAGCACUGACAGAGAGCGCAUCACGUUAAAUAAAGAGGAACUACAUCGUAUGCUGGCUCACGAGGACCUCCAGAACGCUGCUGUGUUGAUCCUGGCCAACAAGCAGGACAUGAAGAACUCGAUGACUGCGGCUGAGAUUUCCCAGUGCCUCACCCUCAGCUCCAUCACAGGUCACUCCUGGCACAUCCAGGCGUGCUGUGCUCUCACCGGCGAAGGGUGAGUGACACCUCACUGUGGGCAGUCUACCUGCCAGCCUGGACUGGAUGCGUUCCCGUGUCUUGGCCAGCUAAGAUCCUUCCGCCAGCUGCCAUGGAAACGCACAGCCCUCACCGGGACUACUUUCUGUAGAACUCUUCAGUACUCGGGCAAGGCCUUCAACACUGUGGAGGAGAUCUGGCAGGGAACAAUGGAGACAAAGGACCUCUUAAGACAGGCCACACCAAACCUUUAUGUUUGACUGUCUCGUGCCUGCCACUGGACAAAUAUCAAACGUGCAAGGACAAUCUGACAAGGAGACUUCAGGAUUCCCUGCUAUGGAACUGUGUAUGUGUGUGUAUACAUAUGUACGUUUUCAGAAGACUACAAAGACUUUACCGAGCAUCGUUUUUCUGGAGCUGCGCACGGCCAGACUGCAAUUAAGAGACCCUGAGCCCAGCCAAGACGUGCCCAUUUUCACACGAUAUGGCAGUUUCAGCGAGGGGAUGAUCCUGCUACCACAAACAUUUUGGCCGCAGGAGAAACUAGGCCAUUCAGCUCACCAGGAGCCUAGUGUUAAACAUUUACUUGAAAUGUCUAUAAAAGACAUAUUGAAGGUCAUUUGAUAUUGCGAGUGUUACGGCAUGCUGCAAGAAUUUUCAUAUCAGUAUUUUUGAAACGCUAAUGUAUUUUUGUAAAAUAAAUAAAUAAAUAAAUGUCUACGUUAAAGUGGUUUGUGGGUCAAACCAAAGCAAAACAUAUGGUUAUCUUCAGGCUUAUCUGCCUGUUUCUGCAUUUCGAGUGCCUGUUUACAGGAAAGUCUGCCUUUCGGUGAAACUGGGCCGCAACAGAAGUAACCGAAAUGCUGACGUGUUUAUUUUCGACAGAGUUGAUGUUUAGCUGCCGAGUGAAAGUAUAGCUACUUGUUAGGGCCUUUUAAGCUACAACUUCUCACAACAAUACAUUUAUAACUGCCUUAGUCUAGUAGUCCUGCAUCUUCUAUUUUUACUAAAGGAACUGAAAAACCUGAAUAAUAAUAAUUUUCUACACUAUUAAUACCCUAAGUUCUAAUUCAGUGUUUCUCCAUGGGCAGCAUUUUCCUAUUUUACCAGUACCUUAAAAACAGCCAGUGUAACUUAGUACAUUGUUAUGGUUUAUUUGUUAAAAGCAAAUACGUGGUUGCCAUUUAUUAAUUGUGUUCUCUUAAAUAUGCCUCUUAAAAAUAACAGCAACCUGCUAA